GGAGAUAUGUAGCUACAAUAACAGUACCUAAUAUGAAGUACUUGUCUAUAAAUAACGUGUAAGCAAAUCUCAAACUCCAUAGUUUUCCCUUCAUUUUUUCUUUAUAGAGAGCCAACAAAAAAUGAAGAAUCUUCAUAUCCUAAUUUCACUCAUUUUUCCUACCUUGUUUCUCUUCUCAUGCUCUAUAUCUCUUGUGUUAUCUUUUUCCCCUCCUGAUCUCCAAAACCAAUGCCUUCAUCACCAGAAAUCUGCUCUGCUACAAUUGCACCAUGAUCUUUACUAUGCCCCAAAUUUUACUUUCUCUUCCAAAGUUGAGCUUUGGGAUCCCAACACUGACUGUUGCUCUUGGAAAGGAAUUACAUGUGAUGCUUUGGGUCAUGUGAUUGAACUUGAUCUCAGUUACAAAAACCUUUCUGGCAGCUUUCACUCCAUUCUCAAUCUCCAUCAUCUUCAACGCCUUAAUCUUGCUGGAAACAAUUUUAAUACUACUCUGUUUCAAUAUGAGUUUGAUAAAUUCCCAAAUUUAACUCAUCUCAACCUUUCAAACUCAUGUUUCCAUGGCCAAAUUCCAGUGGAGAUUUCGUACUUAACAAGGUUAGUCUUUCUUGAUCUAUCUCAUCAAGAUUCUUGCUAUCUACACAAUUACCAAAUUCUUGACUGGUACGUUGAUUUUCCUGACUACCUUCAACAACCUCUGAAACUAAAAAACCCAAACUUCAAGUCAUUAAUCCAAAAUUUGAGACCUCUUACAGAGCUCUACUUGGAUGGUGUGAACAUUUCAACUCAAAGUAGUAAAUGGUGUGAGAUCACAUCCACAAUACUUCCUAACUUGCAUGUGUUAAGUCUGUCGAAUUGUGGGUUGACAGGUCCAUUUUGUUCUUCACUCUCAAGACUUCCUUUUCUUUCCAAACUUGUCCUUGAUUGGAACACGAUCUCUUAUUUACCUCCCAAUUUGUUGGAAAUUUCCUCUCGUUUGGUUUCUCUCAGUUUAGUGAAUUGCAAUUUAAGUGGGCAUUUUCCAACAGAAAUUCUCAAGUUGCCAAAAAUAGAAAGCAUUGACAUUUCAAAUAAUUACGCUCUUGGAGGUCAGUUGCCAGAAUUUCCAUCAAACAAUGCUUUACGGAUCUUAACGAUUUCAUUUACAAAUUUCAGUGGAAAACUACCAGAAUCAAUUGGUAAUCUCAAGUUCUUGACAAAUUUAAAUCUUUGGUAUAGCAAUUUCUUUGGACAAAUUCCAUCAUCAAUUGCAAAUCUCACAAACCUUGUGGAACUGAAUUUAGGAUAUAAUAAUUUCAGUGGUUUAAUCCCUCCAUUUCAUAGAUCUGGAGUUCCAAAUCUUGGAUAUCUUUAUUUGUGGGGGAACCACCUCUCUGGAUCAAUACAUUCUUCGUUAUUUACUCUCCCAUCAUUGCAUACAUUGCUUCUUGAAGAGAAUCAAUUGGUUGGUGAAAUUCGUGAGAUCCCCAAUGCAUCUUCUUCAUUGAUUGAAGUAUUGUAUUUAGGCUUCAAUAGCUUUAGUUCCGUAAAGCUCGACGUGUUCUUCCAACUCAAGAACUUAAGGCGUCUUCACCUUUCCAAUAUAAAUUUAUCAAUUGAAGGCAACAUCACAAGCCUUGCUUUUCCCCAAUUAGAGAUGCUGUAUCUACACUCAUGCAACCUUACUGAAUUUCCAGAAUUCAUCAAAACACAAGACAAGUUGGCUUUUCUAUAUCUUCCUGACAACCAAAUCCAUGGUUUUGUGCCUAAUUGGUUGUGCAAGACCACUCUUUUGAGUUUAGACCUUUCUUUCAAUACGAUUGAUUUUCCAACAGAUGUUCCUUUUGGUGAUGCAAACUCCUCUUUUCCAAUGUUGAGUUACUUGCGUUUACGAUUCUGUAACCUAAGUAUGUUUCCAGAGUUUUUAAAGAGUCAAACUAGUUUAAAAGAUCUUGACCUUUCAAAUAACAAAAUAAGUGGUGCAGUACCAAACUGGGUGUGGAAGAAAAGUUUGCGGUAUCUGGAUCUUUCUAACAAUUCUCUCUCUUCUUUGGACCAAUUUUCACUAAACCAAUCUCUAACUUCUUCACAAGGCUCUUUAUCAAGACCUAUUUGCAAUUUGAGUCAACUUGUGACCUUUAAUGCAUCCUUUAACAAAUUAAGCGGGCCAAUCCCAAGUUGCUUGGGCAAUAUCAGUUCUCUCAGCUCUUUGGAUCUACAAAAAAAUAAUUUCAGCGGCAGCAUACCAGAUUUUGCAAAAGCAACCCAUUUAUAUUGGCUACAACUCAAUGACAAUAAAUUGGAAGGGAAGUUGCCAAGGUCAUUAGCCAAUUGCACAAUCCUUCGAGUUUUAAACCUUGGAAACAAUGCUCUGUACGACACAUUCCCUUUGUGGUUGGGAAAAUUGCCUACUUUGAUGGUCCUUGUAUUGCAAGCAAAUAGGUUUUAUGGUCCAAUUAAACAUGUGAAAAAUUAUUUUCAAGACUUGGAUGUACUAGACAUUGCUUUCAAUAAUUUUUCUGGUCAAUUACCAAUUGAAUUCUUUCAAGCCCCUCAACUAAGGUCACUCAAAAUUGAUGGGAAUAAACUGGAAGGGAAGUUGCCGAGGUCAUUAGCCCAUUGCACAAAGCUCGAAGUUUUGGACGUUGGAAAAAAUAUGAUACAAGACACAUUUCCUUUUUGGUUGGAGAAAUUGCUUUCUUUAAAGGUUCUUAUACUAAGAGCAAAUAGAUUUUAUGGUCCGAUUAAAAUUUCUGAGUAUGAAAAUGCUUUCCUAGAGUUACACAUACUGGACCUUGCUUCCAAUAACUUUUCAGGUGAGUUACCUGUUGAAUUUUUUCAAUCUUUGAAGGCAAUGAGGAUGAUGAUUGUUGGCGACCAAGCUAAGCCAGAUUAUAUUGGAGAUAAUUACUACCAGGACUCUGUGACAAUUGUGAAUAAAGGGUUUGAACUUUUUUACAAGAAAAUCUUAACCAUCUUUGCUUGUCUUGACCUUUCCAAUAAUAGUUUCCAUGGGAGAAUACCGGAAGAAAUACAAAAGCUCAAGUCACUCAAAGUGCUAAACUUGUCCUACAACAGCUUCCUUGGCCCAAUUCCUUUAGCACUUGGAAACUUAACUGAGCUUGAGUCGUUGGACCUCUCCCAGAACAAACUCUCCGGAAAGAUUCCUCUUCAGCUUACAAGCCUAACUUUUCUUGCAGUAUUGAAUCUCUCUUACAACCAACUUGAGGGAAGCAUACCACAAAGCUACCAAUUUGGUACAUUUUCAAACGAUUCUUACGAAGGGAAUCCAAGAUUAUGUGGGCUGCCUCUGACAAGGAAAUGCAAUGAAGAUGGUCCUGGAAUGCCACCCCCUAAGGAAGAUGGAGAUUCAUGGGUAGAUGGUUUGUCUGAUUGGAAAAUUGUGUUGAUGGGUUAUGGAUGUGGAUUGGUCAUUGGAUUAUGUAUUGGAUAUACAGUGUUGAAUGAGUUGGGGAACAAAUGGUUGGAUAGGUUUACACAGAGUCGGAAUAAAAAAUGGAGAAGAUCUUCUAGGUGACUCCAUCAAAAUUCAAGUUUCAAUGUCAUUUGGAGCACAAUCAAAGGGUUUGGCAGGCCAUCCAAAGAUAUAGAAGCUAUUGUUUCAACUAUCAGAAGUUCCUUUUAGCUUAGUUCAAUAACAAGAUUGCAGUCUCGAGUUCCACUCUUCCUCUUCAACAACAGAAAUUGUGUCUGAAUGUUUUUGGCUUGGUGUUACUGUACUUGUGUAUCAGUUCAUUCUCUUCUGCUCGCCUAAGAUGAUUGGCGGUAUGUCUGGUUGUAUUGUGCUUGUCUUCUGUUCUGUCUAUGGGGUGGUGUUUUACUGCUGAGUUAUUGGGUUCCCCUGUUGUUCACCCUAUUGUGUAACUCUGUUUUUAUCAAUAAUUUCUGGUUUAGCAAAAGAAAAAUGUGUCUGAAUUGGGGACUGGUUCCUCUAUGUUGCUUAGUUUAAUUAGUUUACUUUAUUAGGUUGCUCUUUGACGUUUGUAAGGUCUUGAUAGCCUACUGUUUAUUUGUAGCAGGUCUACUGCUUUUUU